AAAGUUAGUAAACAGGAGGCUAAAAUGGGUUACAAGUGAAACUAAUUAAAUUAACUAAUCUUCUGUACAAAAUCUGAAACAGAUCCUCCUUUAAUUAUUCUAGAAAGUAAGCUGCUGAUACAUUUAAAACUGAUUUUUCUGACAAAGAUGACUACUACAAGAUGACUAUAAAGAUGACUUAAAGCUGUUUACCUGAGAGCAAAAGCAUCAUCAGCAAAAUGAGAGACAUUGAGUUUCAAUAAUGAGUUAUCCGAGGUUCACGUCCAAAAUUCUGCUAUGUUCACAAAAAGAAUUAUUCAAAAUUGAAUCCGAAAGGCUUCACAGUAGCAGCAGUAAGUGCAGUGAAACAACAAUGAACAGGUCAGCAGUGAGAAUUUGGUUGCACUGAUAUUGAUUUUUUCAUUGCCUGAGUAAUGUGAUACAUACAUCAACCAAACAGUGAUGUGAGGAAACUCCCUGAAGGUUUGUUUGGUGCAUGUUAACUUUCAUACCUACUGUAUAUCUGCAUAUUGUCAAUACACACGUUCUUUAUUUUUGAACGUUCAAAAUCUGUACUGUGUGUUUUUUUUUUUUUAACUAUUCCUUAUUCUAUAUACAAACAAAUAAAGAAAACGUUUCAUUUAUCUAGCGGCGCUUUUAAUUGUUCCCCCUAACAGUACUUCUUUAAAUGUUUGAGUUACGCACUCUGUAAAUGUGACCUGAACGCAACAAACUGCCCUGUCAAUCAAAGUUGCAAAAACGCGCAGUCACGUAGGUCGUUCGCGCGAACGCGCAUGUGUUCCUGUCAGGUGAGCGCGCGCAGCUGCCGGACUGUGUGCGCGAGCUCUUUGGCAGAUGGAGCUGCUUUGAUUGGGGACCAGCGUCGACACCUGACAAAAAACCCUGAAACAACAACAGGAAACCCGUGUUUUCUUCUGAAAUGAGAGUCGAACACAGCGAAAAUGGAGAACAGUCGACCAACUCGCAGAGCGAGAUGCUGAUCAACCAGCUGAGGGAAAUCACAGGCAUCCAGGAUCCACAGAUUCUCUUCAGAGCCUUGAAUGCCAGUCAAGGCGAUGUUGGCCAUGCUGUUGGACUCCUAACAGCACAGACUGCAGAGGUUCAGGACCCCGGAGAUCAUCAGGAUCCUGGGGCUCCAGGCGAAUCCUGGGAUGACCAGAAAGAUAUUCGUAAAGAUGAACUGCAGACCGCGAUCGCACUCAGCCUGCAGGAAUCCCACGAUGCCCAGGAGGAGGAGAGAGAAUUUCACAGGGCUCUGGAGGCCAGUGCUGAGGAGAACGCAGCAAGAAUGAAGAGGAAACGCUGUGAAGGCCAGGGUGAGAUGUGCAGCCCAGCAGACUGGAUCCGUCAGGGUGACUGGCCCGUAGGCAUCCGUAAUGUCGGGAACACCUGCUGGUUCAGCGCUGUCAUACAGUCACUGUUCCACCUGCCUGUGUUCAGAAGGCUGGUUCUUAACUACCACCUGUCAGAGCGACUACUGGAUAAGUGUAAGAGCCAAUCAGACAAGAGGAACAUAGCUUUCAUGCAGGAGCUGCGCUGCUUGUUUGCCCUCAUGGUAGGAUCAACACGAAGGUUUGUAGAUCCCUCUGCUGCCGUGGAGUUACUGAGAGAUGCCUUCAGGACCAACGAGGCCCAGCAGGAUGUCAGUGAAUUUUCUCACAAACUUCUUGACUGGCUGGAGGAUGCGUUUCAGUUGGCUGCCAGUGGAAAUAACGCAAAGGACAAACAGCACAAUCCCAUGGUGCAGCUGUUUUAUGGCACUUUUGUUACUGAGAGAAAACACGAAGGUAAGACGUUAUGCAACACUGAGCAGUUUGGACAGUAUCCACUGCAAGUUAACGGCUUCAACAACCUGGACGAAUGCCUGGAAGGCGCCAUGAUUGAGAAGGAGAUCGAGUCUCUGCAUUCAGAUCACAGCGUCACAUCUGGCCGUGAGAGAUGGUUCAAAAAGCUACCCCCUGUCUUGACCUUUGAACUCUCAAGAUUUGAAUUCAACACCCAGCUGGGUCGCCCUGAGAAGAUACACAAGAAACUGGAGUUCCCACAAAUUGUAUACAUGGACAGAUAUCUUCAUAAAAACAUAAAACUGACCCACGAGAGGAGAAGUGAAGUGAAAAAACUGAAGGAGCAACUUUCAGUCCUUCAACAGAAAUUUGAGUGCUAUAAGAACUACGGCUCCGGACCAACCAAGUACCCUCUGGCGGACAUGCUGCAGUUUGUUUUGGAGUUUGCCACCACCAAGCCUACGAGUGCGUCACCACCUGAAGACCAGAGGCCUGCUGCAUCUUCACCAACUCCUGUCAGUCAUCCACUCAGUGAACCCACCCCUAAGGAUGACAGUGAACUUGGUGAGGCAGAUCCAUCUGAGAGCCUGGUUUCCAGUGCAUCAAGUUGUCAGCGGACGCCCAUUUACAAGCCUUUCACCCAAUGCAGACACCCCAUGGACUGCUCACCACACCCAGCCCCUCACAACAUCAGUGAAGAAGAGCUGCACUUUGUUAAAACCUGCCUGCAGCGCUGGAGGACAGAAGUGGAAAACGAUAUCAACGAGCUAAAGAUCAACAUCGAUAGACUCACACAGAGGCUUGAGAGCAUAUAUGAAGACAACAGUCUCUGCCAGGUUCCUUACAGACUCCACGCGGUGCUUGUCCAUGAAGGUCAGGCAUCAGCAGGUCACUACUGGGCCUACAUCUACGACCACGCUAACCAGCGAUGGAUGAAGUACAACGACAUCUGCAUCACAGAGUCCUCGUGGGAGGAGCUGGAGCGGGACUCCUUUGGAGGAAUGACCAAUGCCAGUGCCUACUGCUUGAUGUACAUUGAUGACAGAGUACCCCAACUUAUUACAGAAAACACCGAUGACGAGACAGGUCAGGUACUGCAUGGCAUGGACUCCCUGCCGCCCGUCCUAAAACGCUACGUAAAUGAAGACAACCGCUGGUUCCAGCAGGAACUGAGUGAAUGGGAGGAGCAGUUCUGCCAGACGGCUACACCGCAGGAGGAGGCUUCUUCUUCUGCUGCUGCUACUCCUGCUACUCCUGCUACGGUUUCAGUAGAGCCCCCAAAUCCUGGCCCUGAGAGUGUUCAGCAAACACCUGUGGAGCCAGCACCUCAGUUUGGACCCAGCAGUGAAGAGUUGGACCAGGCAGUCACCUCAGAAGCAGAAGCAGAAAAGGAUCCUGAGACUGGUCCAGAGAUAAAGCCUGCAGAGGAAUCAGAUUUAGCACCUCCUGCUCCUCCUCCUCUUCUUCCACCACCAUCCCAGAGUGAUGGCUGCCAGCCAGACGACAUUAGCAGCAGCAGUUCAGCCAUCACUGACACAAGUCCAGUCCCCGCUUUAGCUGAGAAGGAGACGCAGAGUCAGACUCCUGACCCUGAAGCAGAGAUUACUAACCAGGCGUCGUCUGACCACCAGGAAGACAAGGCAGAUGUAAAGGCCUCCACAGGCCUCUGCUCUGAAACAGAAGUUGAGCCCGAGGAUCCCAGACAAGCUCCUGAGCCUGAAGCCGAGCAGCAGGAUGAAGAGCGACAGCAGGAUGUUCCAACCAGGCAGCGACAGCCGGAGAACGAGGUCUCCGAAGUAGAGAUUCCCAACGUAGGCAGGAUCAUGGUGAGAGCCGAUGCUGAUGGAUACAAUGAAGAGAUGAUGUUGACUCCAGCCAUGCAGGGCGUCAUUCUGGCCAUCGCCAAGGCUCGACAGACAUUUGACAGUGAAGGCCCUGAAGCUGGACUCAUUAAGGCCUUCCAUGAGGAGUACUGUCGCCUGUACGAGCUCUCCCAGGAGGAGGCGACGCCUCAGGAGGACGCUCGCCUGCAGCACGCUCUCGUCUACUUCUUCCAGAACAACGCACCGAAACGCAUCAUAGAGAGGACGCUGCUGGAGCAGUUUACUGACCGGAAUCUGAGCUUCGACGAGAGGGGGAUCAGUAUCAUGAGAGAGGCUCGGACCAAACUUCGCCUCAUCAAACCAGAGGACAUGGACAUGGACAUAUACCUGCAGUGGCACGACGACUACAGGCUGUUCAGGACGGUGUUUGUCUACCUGCUCACAGGACUGGAGCACUUCCAGCACAGCAAGAUGAGGGAGGCACUAAUUUACCUGGCACACGCCUACGAGACCAACAACACACUGCUGAAGAACGGAGACAAACGUGGUGUGGACAGGUCACUUAUCGCCAUCUACAGGAGGAAAUGUCUGACUGCGUUGAAUGAAAGUGCUUCUCGGCUGUUCUGUAGUGGUGAGGAGAGCAAAGUAGAGGAGGGCGUGGCCAUCAUGGACGAGGCCGUGAUCCCCUGUCUUCAUCUCAUGAGCCGGGAGUCUAGUCUGUCCCAGGAAGACAGGGAGGCUAUGGAGACCAUACGCAGCCAGUGGUGCUGCUGCCUGAGCCAAGACAUGGAAGAUGCACUGCAGGUGAAGCUGGGUGAGUUGCUGCCCAGGGUUUUAGACGGCGCCUCUGAGACAUUAGUCCUUAAAGACCCGCCUAAAGUCCAUGUCAACCAGGCCCAUGACCUUUGUAGUCGGCUGGCUGCGGUCAUGGAGUCCAUUCACAACACAUCCAUAGUCAUCGUGAAGUAAAGUCCUGGGUGAGAAAACCAAAAUAAUCGUUUUUAGCAUGUGACCUGGAUGGCGAACGAUUCUGCACUGACCGACUGUGGGGUCAAUACAUUGUAUAGUUUUUACUUUUUUGUGUCUCGUGUCAUCAUUUGGUUUUCGGUUUUGCACAGAAAAAUAUUUUUCGAAAAUGUUGAAAAAGCACCAAGAUACAAAAAUUAGCAAACCAUCAGGCAUCUCCCAAAAAAAA